AUGGCAGACUCGGGACCCAACUCGCAGCGGAUAAAGGUCAUUGUCAUCGGCGCCGGCCUGGGAGGCUGUGCCUGUGCAAUCGCCCUAAAGCACCACGGCCACGAUGUCAUCGUCUACGAGAAGCUCCGCCAGUUCCGUCGGCUGGGCGACUCCCUAGGCUACGGCGAGAACGCCCUCAAGCUGCUUGAGCGAUGGGGCGGGCCCGGGCUGUACAAGACGCUCACCAGCAUCGGCAACCAGGCGCCUGACAUGCAGAUCCGCCGCUGGCACGAUGGCAAGAUCCUCGCACAGCAGCCGCUCAUGGAUAUGGCAGGGUAUAUCGGGCACCGCGGCGACUACCACGAGGCGCUUCUCCAGGCGGUCCGGGAUGCCGGCAUCGAGAUCGUCAUGGGCCGCGAGGUAGUUGCCUUUGACGAGGACAAGCCCAGCGUGACGUUCGCGGAUGGCACCGAGGAGCUGGCGGACCUGAUCGUCGGCGCGGACGGGAUCAAGUCCAUCGCGAGAGAGCUGGUGCUGGGCUUCGCGGACGCUCCCAAGAGCAGCGGGUACUCAUGCUACAGGGCCUACUUUCCCGGGGCGUUUUUGAAGGAAGACCCGCUCUGCCGUGAGUUUGUGGAUCACGACUGCGUCAAUAUCUGGAUCGGGGAGGACACUCAUCUCGUCCAAAACACCCUGCGCAACGGAGACGAGUUCAACUGGAUCGUCACGCGCAAGCUCUCGGCCGAGAAGGACAUGGAGAUCAAGGAGUCGUGGUUCCAAGAGGGCAACAUGGAUGAUGUGCGGGCGCUUAUACGCACGCUCGACCCUCGCAUCGCCGCCGCCGUGGACAAGACCCCCUCGUGUCUAGACUGGAAGAUCUGCUAUAGAGACCCCUUGCCCUAUUGGGUGUCGCGCAGCCACAAGAUAGCCCUGCUCGGGGACAGCUGCCACCCACAUCUCCCGACGUCAGCACAGGGUGCCUCGCAGGCGGCGGAAAGUGCGGCAGUGCUGUCAGUAUGCCUGAAGCUCGCAGGCAAGGGAAAUGUGCCACUUGCUACGCGGUGCUACGAGAAGCUACGGUUCGACCGCGUCCGCCUCAGCCAGACCAACGGCGAGGACGUUCGGGACCGGUGGCACAAUGCACUCAAGGAGGUCGACGACGGCGUCGAGAUCGACCCGGACUCGGUCAAGAUCCGGAACAGGUGGCUGUAUGCGUACGAUGCCGAGGCGAAUACGAUGGAGCGCUGGGAGGAGAUGUCGAAAAAAGUGGCCGAGGAGCUCCGGACGGGCGAGAUCACGCCGCUGUGCGAUGUCAAGCCAAACAAGGUAGAACGAGCGGCGGCGUAG